GAAUCCGGAGGUACUCAGGGCGUUGAAGUCGAGGGCGAGAGGAUUUGUCGAGUGCUGAUGGCACCGCACACGCAUCAGCAAGCCAUCGAAGGCGAGCAGGUGGAGGAGGAAGAGGAGGAGGAGGCAGCGGUCGCCACGCUCCGCUUUGGAAGAGUACGGCGCAGCGUCAAUGGCAUCAGCAGCAAGGAGUGCAGUGUUGCGUGAAUACGGCCAACAGAAACUUAGCUUGCAGCUGGUUUGAUGUGCUUUUGCCGUUGGCCGUCCGAGCUUUGAGCUUCGUCUGCAGUGGCGGGGUCUUCUUCAAGCUUCCACUUUGGAGUCGAAAUCGCGCUGAAGAGCCGUGUGUAGUGUGACAGUGGCUUGAGUAGACGUCAGGAACUAUUGUUUGCUCUCUUGGUUGUGUAUAGUUACCAGAUUAAAGUUUACUCAGUAGCAAGUGUACGAGAUAAUAUUUGAGAUUGUGUCGGCGACUUUUGGUUUGAGUUUCAGCGGUGACGAAGAAGCGAUGGUUUUUUAUUGGAGUGAUUGAAAUUUACCUGGACUUCCUUGCAAGGUCCAUUUGCAGAGUAACGAAGGACUGAAGAAGGAGGAGUUGAUAAUGCAGAGAAGCGGUGCACGGGAGUGAUGGUGAAGCUUCAGACAGUGUAUUUCCUGUGUCUGAAGAGGCGGGACAUUCCGGCAUUUUCUUUUAGGGUAGUCGAAUUAUUUUAGCGGAAGUAACCGUGACCAGAAGCUGGAUGUUGGAACUGAAACUAUCAGUGUGCAUAGUGACAAUGUUGUAGAUGGUUGAAGGAAGUGUUUCGUAUUCGGAAGGCAGAGGGGCGCAAUGCUCGUGCAGCAGGAGAAUGGGAACGUGGCGUGGCUGGGGAAUGGCUCUCGUAAUGUCCCCGAUGAGGCUGCCGCAGCAAUCGAGUUGGAAUCCGGGAACGACGAGACGAUGGAACCUUACAGCGACGUAUUCAGGCCGCCUGAGGUAGCAUUUGAGGCGGAGAGAAGUGCCGUGAGCUUGGUGGGAGCUUGGCUGAUAGAGAAUCUCAUCAAGGUCGUGAUUGUCGUGUUCAUGGUCCUAAGUGUGCUGAUUCUCGUCGUCAUGCGCAGCCACGAGGGGCAGAAUGAGAUCAUAGAUCUGGAGCUAAUCUCAGAAGCACUGCCGCAAAUUCCGUAUCCGGAAUUGAACCUGAAACAUAUCCCCGCACAGGUUGACAAAGGACGAUACACUGCAGUGAGGACGGAUAAGUGGAUCGUAGUAGCCGCCCUCGGUGCCCCGACAGCGCACAUUCAAGCGCUGACGAGGGUGAGUGGAUGGCAGGUGCUCGCCGUUGCCGGCGAGAACACGCCGGCGGAUUGGAAAGUCGCUGGAGCUAUCUUCCUGUCCAUGGACGACCAAGCUGCUCUCGGCUACCGUAUUUCCGCACAUCUUCCGGACAGCAACUAUUUGCGUAAGAACAUCGGUUACCUAUUUGCGAUCCAGCAUGGUGCACAGGUAAUUUUCGAUGCGGACGAGAAAGAGUCGGUGAUCGGCGAAGACCUGGACUCGAAAUUUGAUGUGUAUCUUCAAGGACGACGAGCCCGUCGGGAUCCGAUUCUUCAGUUCCGCACCCUCCCCAACCGGACUGUUGUGAACCCUUUCAUCCAUUUCGGUCAGAAAUCAGUGUGGCCUCGAGGGUAUCCAUUGGAAUUCGUUGAGGAAAUUGCACCCGAUAUUUCAUACAGCGAAGUCUUCCCCGGCAAGCAGUUUAUUCAGCAAGGCCUUGCUAAUGGCUUACCAGACAUCGACUCUAUAUUUUAUAACACGAGGCGGUCUCGUAACGGCCAUAUCAGCAUCAAUUUCGACACAAACGCUCCCCCUGUCGCCCUUCCCCAUGGCACAAUGGCGCCCUGCAAUGCCUUCAACACGCUUUUCCACUCUGCAGCUUUCUGGGGACUGAUGCUGCCCGUGACGCUCAGCCCGAAGGCGGCGGACAUUGUACGCGGUUACUGGGCUCAACGCAUACUAUGGGAGGUUGGCGGCAUAAUGGUGAUAUACCCUCCAACGGUAGUGCGAGAGGAUUCCGGCAUGCCAUUGUCCUUCGUCGACGAGAAGGACUUGUAUGCGGAGUCUCGCCGUCUAGUGGAAUUUCUCGUGAAAUGGCGGUCCACGAAGCCUACUCUCUUCGAUAGGAUCAUCCAUCUGACGCACUCCAUGGCUGAGGAAGGCUUUUGGGGCGCCAUCGAUGUGAAACUCACGGUUGAUUGGCUCACAGACCUUCUCUCAGUCGGGUGGCGCCAGCCUCGCUUGGUGGGGAGUGAUCUCGAUGCACUAAUAGACGAUUCUGCUCCUUCCUUGGCUCACAAGCAGUUCGUUCCUCGGUCUUUCCCUACGGUUCAUUUGGGUGUGGAGGAUGGCACGGCAUUGACGGAAGAGUUUGCGGAUUUUCUUACAUGGCGCAAGUUCUACGGCAAUAUGGUGCUCGUGCUCGAAUGUGCUUGGCCUCUGAAUCACACGGUUUUGUCGUGGCGGCUACUCUAUGGGCGUUUAUUCAAGCACGUCGUUGUUCUGUCUCAGGAGAAUGAACCUGGGCUUGGUGUCCACGCCAGCGACUUGUGGAUAUCCUACAGUAUGUUGCCAAAGAUUUUUGAGAAGUAUCCUGCAGCGGACGGCUUCGUGGUGAUGAAGGAGGCCGUUGUGUUCAACUACUGGAAAAUUGCAUCCGCCAACAAGACGAAGAUUUGGAAUUUGCAUCAGGUGAAUACGACCUGGCAAACAGUCGAUUACAAUGCCUCGGGCGCGGAUUGGUACCUAACCAAGAACCACAAGAACAACGUGAAGAAGACGGUGAGCCGGCUGCCAGUGGAGUACCGCACCACUUACAAAGAAACCAUGGACGAUAACCACUUCGUCGUUUGCAGCUCGGAUGUUUUCUACCUCCCGCGUCGCUACAUUGACGAUUUCGCAGCUCUGGUACCCCUGGCUUCGAAGGUGAAGCUACACAGAGAUUUAGCUUUACCAAUGAUAUUCAUGGCAAUGGAUAAGCCUAGCAACUUCGAUGACUAUGCAUUCAGUAGUAUAAAGCACCUGUCGGAGAAAGAGGAGAUAGACGACCCUGCCAUAGCUUAUACUCCAGCAUGGCACGUGGUCUUCCCGUGGGCGGCGACAAGCGACAUUGAACUUUAUCGUAUUGUUAAGGCUAUGUCAGCUGGAGACCCUUCGCUAGCAGAUAUAAUUGAGUAAUCUUUAUCCCAGUUUAGUACUAUUUUCCCAAAUUAUUCAUAUGAGUAUCUUUCCGUAGGGGAUACAUUACAAUGUAAAAUUACUCACAUGAUUAGCCUUCCCGUAAAAUAUAAUUGCAGUGUGUUCAGAUGUUGCAGAAUCGUCUCUACGUACGAUCAGUUGUGGGGACACACUGGAUGAAGUUUUGUUCGCUCUAAUUUGGAAACCAAAUAUGUUUUUAA